AUUUUCCAACUUGCCGCUCAGCAAACUGCUGGAAACGAACAGUGCUGCUGUGAGUGGCCCUUUCGCUUGCCGUCCAUUCCCUCGGUUUGUUCCGGGAUACUGCGAAACCUACGACGUGACCGGCUCUCAAAGCAGCACCGCCCUUGAAUGGUUUAAAGCGGAGUUCUCCUUCCAGUGAGCUGGAUUCAAGAACUGUCUUUUCACCUACAACAAUCAGUUUAACCGCACUGCAUUUUGCAGUCAAGUUUCAACCCUUUCGGGUUGAUUGCGAACACAUUUUCCUGCGGGCCGGCAGAAGACUCUGCAACUGGCAAUAGCUCUCCAUGAUGUUCUUGCAGCCAGUGUUUCGGUUCCUUUCACAUAUGAACAAUGAAAGCGAGGUGCUGGUAGAAUUGUUGUCAUGGCUGAUCAUCCUUAUCGGUGGCUGUAUUUUGGCCUUGCGAUUUGUUGAAAUUCCUUACGGGAGGUAUUCCAGCAGUAAAUACAGAUUUCUCAUCAACGGGAAGGUUGCUUGGUUUGUCCAAGAGAUCCCGUCCUUGGCAAUCCCACUGUAUUUGUUUUUCAGCGCUGACAAACCUUUGCAACCACCCAACAUGCUAAUGCUUGGCAUGUUCAUCUGUCACUACAGUCAGAGGUCAUUGAUAUACCCCUUUUUAAUCAGAGGAGGAAAGUCGACGCCCUUCGCUAUUUUUGUAAUGGCUUUAGCAUUUUGUACAUGUAAUGGAUACCUGCAGGCCAUAAACCUAACCAAGCAUGCUGUUUAUUCCUCUGACUGGAUAACUGAUCCACGCUUCCUCACAGGCUCGGCACUCUGGUUUCUCGGAUUGUUAGUGAACCUACAUUCUGACCAUAUACUCAGAAACCUACGAAAACCUGGUGAGACAGGAUACAAAAUCCCACGAGGAGGAAUGUUUGAAUACGUGUCUGGUGCCAAUUUCUUUGGAGAAAUAGUUGAAUGGAUGGGGUAUGCUAUAGCAUGCUGGUGUCUGCCAAGUGCAGCAUUUGCUAUAUUUACGUUUUUCGUAGUCUCUUCUCGGGCUGCACACCAUCACCGAUGGUAUCUGGAAAAGUUUGAAGAUUAUCCAAAGACAAGAAAGAUCUUAAUACCUUUCCUAUAUUGAAAUAAUCAAUACAGCCAAUAGAUUAAAAAGUCAAAAAGAGAAUGAUUAGAACCUUGAACUCGGAUAAAGG